GACCCAGGGAUCAAACCUGAGUCUCCUGCAUUGGCAGGCAGAUUCUUUUUUUGUUUUCCUUCUUUUUUAUUUUAUUUUUUUCCCAUUUAUUUUUAUAGGCAGAUUCUUUACCAUUGAGCCACCGGGGGAGCCCCGGGCUCUAGAGUACCUUCAGUUAUUUUCCAGGCUAAGCAAACAAUAUUAAUUGUGUCUUCAUUGACAUCCAAAGUCUAACCCUGUACUACAUACCUCUAAAGCCAUACUCUUUUUAUAUUUUCAACAACUUUCAUACAUAUGGGUCCAACGUUUGAGAUUGUUCAGUAUGAUAAGGAGAGAAAGGAAGUUUAAUCUGAAUGACUCUGGAACUCAUUGUUUAUCAGGGAGAAUGAUUUCUGAAUGUACCUCAAGUGUUACUUGAUCUCAGCUCAGAUGGGGAGAACUGGGUUCUCUUAGGGACUGUUUGCUCACAAAGCUCUUGUCCACCUGGCCUCCUGGUGAUCCUCAGAUUCAAACAGAUUCUGUAAUAGCAGUACUAUCGAGAACAUCCAUUGGAGGACACCAGAGCACAGCAAAUAGAUGAGAAUGCAGGCAUACAGAAGGAACUUGGUAAAUCCUCUGCACAAAGGCAGGCAGCGUCCUCUCCAAAAUUAAACUCGUGGCUACCUACAGAACUGACUAAUUAUCAAUAUUUCUAUUGAAAAACAAAUUCUAUCACUGAUGCUUUUCGUCUUUCAGAGUUGUAAUUUUAGAAUUGGCUGAUGAAUGACUUUUCCAGGAGGUAAAUACAGAAGUUGUUUUAGUAACUUUUACAUUUUUGUGUAGGAAUCUGCUUUGGAAGUUCUGCUUAAUAGCCUAACCUUAAUUAAAUCUUCAUUGACGGAUGAAGUCCUUUGCAGGUUGAUGACCUGGGUUUGUUCUGACAAGCCCUUUGAACACAGAGAACUUAGUAAGGCUCACAGGAAAAAACCCCCCAAAACAGGGAUUCUAAUUGCUGCCAAAGGGAGUUACCCCAGGCAAAUUAUUUAGGUAAAAAACCUGAUGAGAGAAAAACCUUUGACAUCCAUGGUGAGGGUUACUAAAUUUUGUCAUAAUAAGUUUUCAAGUGUUUGAACAGUCUGCUAACAAUUUUUAAUCUCAAAUGGUAACUAUUUACAAGAUGUGAAAAACACUUAGAUAUUUGGGCCUUUAAUUUUAAUUUAGCAUAAAACUAGUCUUGUUUCCAUUUCUGAGAUUCUGAGUUUUCUGGAACUCCACCAAUAAACAAAACAUAGCUUGGACUGUAAGUAAUGAUGCUCACCAUAUGACAACUUUCAAGCACAUUGUGCUUGAAAACUAUCAGCAUAAUUGUGUAUUUUUGUCAGAAGACUCAGCAGUCAUGCAUCAGCUUAUCUUGGUAAUAAUGGCAACUGUAGGCAUUUAUUUUCACUUUAUACACAGGGGGCACUCUGGGUUUGGUUUGCAAAGAAGAAGAUGAAAAAUUCUGGGACUAAUUUCCUUCUGGAAAUAAGUGUCCCUUGACCCAGAAUACUUAGCUGGGAGUGACAUGGCAGCCAGCUUUUCCUGCAUAGCGUCUUAUUAAUUUCGAUUCACCUCUCCUAUUGCAACACAGACUGUCAGGCAAUGAAAGCCAUUAUUUAUGGUCCUGAGCUAAGGAAGGUGUUAAAUCAGGUGCAUUAAAGCUCCUAGGUAGUAGUUUAAGUGGGGUGGGAGUGUCAGUGAGACCACUUAGGAGCCCUGUACUGAUUUACAGACUUCCAGUGGGGGUUCCAACCUCUUGUGAGACACUUGUAUUCCAACUCAUUUGGUUGUUUGGGACCAGGGCUCUGCUUCUUUAUUUCUUUAAGAGCGACUAAUCUCUGUCUUAAGCUGCUUACAUGUUUUGGGGAUGAGGGUAUAAAUGACUAAAUGAUGGGUUAGUUGCUCAGUCGUGUCUGACUUUCUGCGACCCCGUGGACUAUAGCCCACCAGGCUCCUCUGUCCAUGGAAUUCUCCAGGCAAGAAUACUGGAGUGAGUUGCUAUUUCCUUCUCCAGGGGAUAUUCCCCAGCCAGGGAUCGAACCUGGGUCUCCCACCUUUCAGGCAGAUUCCUCACUGUCUGAACUUCCAGGAAAGCCCUAAGUGAUGUAAAGUUUUCCACAAAAUACUAACUUGUUCAGAAGCAUUUAAUAAUUAUAAUUAUGGUAUUGCUAAUAAUAUAGUAUAUUUAACUGCAUAUUUAAUUCUUUUUUUUUUUUCUUUUGUUUUCCCCACUAAAAGAGUGAUAGUGAGCGGUGGGGGGAGGGCUGAGUCACCCGUGGGGCAUUCAUUUUUACUGGAGUAUAGUUGCUUUAGAACGUUCCAUUAGUUUCUGCUGUCCAGUAAAGUGAAUCAGCUGUAUGUACACAUAUGUCCCCUCGUUUUUGGAUUUUCUUCCUGUUUAGGUCACCACCGAGCAGUGAGUAGUUCCCUGAGCUGUGCAGUGGCCUCUCAUUCGUCAUCUAUCAUGUAUAUCAAGAGUGUAUCUAUGCCAAUUCCUCCACCUCCCCGCCUUACGCCCUUGGUAUCCAUACAUUAGUUCCCUACAUCUGUGUCUCUAGUCCAGGUUUGCAAAAAAGAUCAUCUGUACCAUUUUUCUAGAUACCACCUAUAUGCGUUAAUGUAUGAUACUGGUUUUUCUCUGUCUGACCUACUUCACUCUCUAUAUCAAUCCCUAGGUCCAUCCAGGUCUCCACAAGUGGCACAAUUUCCUUCCUUUUUAAUGGCUGAGUCAUUCUGAUACUGCACUUCCCUGUCUCCCUGUUUCAACAGGACAUGGACGGCACCUUCCAACUGGGUGGUUAGUGAAGAGCCUAAUAAAGAUGCCGCAGGAUUUGAGGAAACAGUGCGGGGAGGAGGCUAGUCACCUUGGGCAGCGCAGACGUCCACCUCCGCACAGGCCGGCCAGGGCGGGCGCUCCACCGGAGGCCUGUCCGCCGCGCCCCGGCCUCAGGUGGGGAGCCAGGUGUCCCCGGCACACCGUGCAGGGGCGGGGUGCGGGACCCAGGGGCAGACCCCUGACCUCGCCGUCGCCCCGGUCUAGACUCCUGCCCGCUCGGCUACAGCCACCUGGACGGGAGAGCUGCAAGCGAGCCCAUUGCCGCGCGCGCAGGUCGGCGACAGCGCAGGGCCCCGCACGGGGCGAGAGCGCGGUCCAGAGGAGCGCACAGAACGCAUCCCGCUCCCGGCCCGUGCCGCCAGAGGUCAGAUCUCGCGACAUCUCGCGUCACCGACGCGAUCCUGGACGGCGAGAGCCAGGGCUUCGGCGCCCAGGUGGUCCUGCCUGCUGCCCGCGGGGACGUGCGGCUGGGACGUGCGGCCUGCAAACGGAGUGAGAUUCCUCAGCGCUCUCCAAGAAGGGAGACGCCUCACGUUCUCCAGAGAAGUGAGGUGCCUCACGCUCUCCAAGAAGGGAGACGCCUCACGCUCUCCAAGAAGGGAGACGCCUCACGUUCUCAAAAGAAGGGAGAUUCCUCACGUUCUCCGAAGAAGGGAAAUGCCUCACGUUCCCAAAGAAGGGACAUUCCUCACGUUCUCCAGAGAAGUGAGGUGCCUCACGUUGUCCGAAGAAGGGAGAUGGCUCACGUUCUCCAAGUGAGAUUCCUGACGUUCUCCAAGAAGGGAGACGCCUCACGUUCUCAAAAGAAGGGACAUUUCUCACGUUCUCCAGAGAAGUGAGGUGCCUCACGUUGUCCGAAGAAGGGAGAUGGCUCACGUUCUCCAAGUGAGAUUCCUGACGUUCUCCAAGAAGGGAGACGCCUCACGUUCUCAAAAGAAGGGACAUUCCUCACGUUCUCCAGAGAAGUGAGGUGCCUCACGUUGUCCGAAGAAGGGAGAUGGCUCACGUUGUCCGAAGAAGGGAAAUGGCUCAACUUCUUCGAAGAAGUGAGAUACCUCACAUUCGCCCCACGUGCGUCUUCAGCAGUGAAUUUAAAACUCAACUAAAAGCCCCGGAAGAUGGCAGUUAACCUACUGAGUCUGGAGCCGUCUUACCUGUCUCUAGCUGUGCCACAUAAAAUCGGACGCAUCAUUGAUGGGAGUCCAGCAGAUCGCUGUGCAAAGCUAAAAGUGGGAGACCGGAUCUUAGCAGUGAACGGCCAGUCUAUCAUCAACAUGCCUCAUGCAGACAUCGUGAAGCUCAUCAAGGAUGCGGGUCUUAGUGUCACCCUUCGCAUCAUUCCUCAGGAGGAACUCAACAGCCCUGCUUCAGCACCCGGCUCAGAAAAGCAGAGCCCCAUGGCCCAGCAGCACAGCCCCCUGGCCCAGCAGAGUCCUCUGGCCCAGCCCAGCCCAGCCCAGCCACCCCCAACAGUCCCAUCGCCCAGCCAGCUCCGCCUCAGCCACUUCAGCCUCAAGGACAUGAAAAUAGCAAAGAGGUUUUUGGAGGAUUUUAAGCUUAGGACUGACAUCCUUGGAUUAGCUUUGCAAGACUCUCUCUCAGUUGGCCCCUUAGAGAGCAGACUGGAGGCUGAUCGAGAUGAAUGUGGUUAG